AUGGAUGAGAACCCAGGAUGGUUACUCAAAAGGCCAGCUGCUGACACUCCACUCCAUAAGAGCACUGCUGAUGGAGAUCUAGACCUCGUGAAACAGAUCAUGAAUGAUGGUGAAAUACAUGUCAACACCCGAGGGUUGAACGGAUUGACACCAUUGAUGUUGGCAGCACAGAACGGGAACUAUGGUGUCUUUGAAUAUCUCCUCAGUGUAGGCGCUGAUAUGACACAAAUUGCUCAUGACGGGGACCACAUCCUCAGCAAGGCCUGUGUGGGGGGAAAUAUGGACAUUGUAAAGUAUGUUGUCUUAAAGGAGCAUAGCCUUAUUAACAAACAGAGAAAAGACGGACGAACCGCGUUGAUGUGGGCAGCAUGGCAUCGGAAGAAAACCGUGUUUGACUAUCUGCUCAAGGAAGGAGCUGACUCGUCGUUAGUGGAUGUUGAUGGAUACAACAUGCUUCAUUAUGCCUGCUUUGGAGGAGACACUGGAAUGGUGAAUGAUGCCAUCACCAACACCUCAGUUGAUAUCAACACUAGUGAUAUAUAUGGAAGGACGGCAGUGAUGGUGGCGGCUGCAUGCGGAUAUAAGGAUAUGGUGGACUUACUUUUCAAGAAAGAAAGUGACUUGUCACACAUAGAUAAAACGGGAAACAAUAUACUCCAUGUGGCAUGUCUAGGAGGACAUGUGAAGAUAGUAGAGCAUAUCCUCUCGCAGGAAGAUACUGACAUCAACUGCAGAGGACAGUAUGGGGGAACACCACUGAUGUUGGCAGCAUUUGAUGGACACAGGGAGGUAUUUGACCUACUUGUGACGAAGGGAGCUGAUGCAACACUUGUUUGUAACAAGGGGAACACCAUCCUACACGUGGCUUGCAUUGGAGGACAUGUAGAUCUGGUGAAGCCCAUUCUGUCACAGGGCAUGGUGGACAUCAACAGCCAAAGACAAGAUGGGAGGACGCCGCUAUUGUUGGCAGCAUUUUGUGGACAUAGAGAGGUAUUUGACCUACUCGUGAGAAAUGGAGCUAAUGCAUCAGUAGUUUGUAACAAGGGGAACACCAUCCUACACGUGGCUUGCAUUGGAGGACAUGUGGAGAUGGUGGAGCACAUCAUGUCACAAGGCAUUGGGGACGUCAACAGUCAAAAUCAAGAUGGGAGGACGCCACUAUUGUUGGCAGCAUUUGGUGGACACAGAGAGGUAUUUGACCUACUCGUGAGAAAUGGAGCUAAUGCAUCAGUAGUUUGUAACAAGGGGAACACCAUCCUACACGUGGCGUGCAUUGGAGGACAUGUGGAGAUGGUGGAGCACAUCAUGUCACAAGGCAUUGGGGACGUCAACAGUCAAAAUCAAGAUGGGAGGACGCCACUGAUGUCGGCAGAGCUGCAGGGAUGUGGUGAAACCCUUCUGAGUCCAGGUGUUGAUCUAUCACAAAUGAAUGAUAAAGGAAACAACGUCCUUCAUCUGGCCUGUGAAACAGGAAGUAUGGAGAUCGUGCAACAUGUUGUGUCACAGAACAGUCUUGACAUUAACGCCAAAAACAGUAAAGGCGAAACAGCCACUAGGGUUGCAAAGCGUAAACAUCACAUGGAUUUGUAUGAAUGGUUGGUGUCACAAGGAGGUCAUGUUGUCAGCAAGUCUUACAAACACUAACGAUCUCAAGAAUAGGUCUUCAGCAACCCAUGCUUGUCG